AUGGCGGCAGGCCUUCUCGCUGCUGUUGCGAAUGGCCAAUUCACAAACGAAUCAUCGGCUGAUGCUGCGAGUUCGAGCGCAGUCGUGGAGGCAAACAUUUUGGUAGCAGGGACUUAUCCCGAGUCCACACCUUGCGUGGGUCGAGUUACAACAGUAACGAAAACACACACAGAGACAUGUACUGAGACCGUCACAAAAACAAAAACAACAACAAAAGAUUGCCAGCCCGGACAUGGCGGUGGAUAUCCAACGGAUUGCCAGUCAUCAACCGUCAUUUCCUACGUAACAAAGCCAGCAACCACGGUCACUGCAACGAUAACCAUACCAGGGUCAGACGUCACAAAGACAGCCACAACCACAGUCGCUGUUCCAACAACAAUCGAAGAAGUCUCGACGAUUAUCUCGGUAUCCGAGUCGGACAAAACCCUUACGAAGACGCAGACGGAAGUUGACACGACGACCACAACUAGCACUACUAUAGUUACAACGUCAUACCCCUACACUGUGACAGCAACAAACUCCUAUGGACUGUUGUUCCCACAACCGUUCGAACAACAAUCCCAACAACAGUGCGAGAAACCCUUCCACCAUGCGACUGCUACUGGCAUACAACCACAACUACAAAGGUGGUUACAACACAAGUCUUUCCCGUAUAAUGUUACGAUCACCGAUUCUUAUGGAUAUCCGGUGACUACCACGAAGUGGAGUACUACGACAAAGACGAAGACAGAUGUCUCGACAUACUCUGUCACCAAGACCAAAACAGUCCCGACGACGGUCCCAACGACUGUAGUUUCGACAUAUUCUACGACACUUGUUGUAACUACGUCUUACCCCGUCACAGUUACAACAACUCGUAUUAGUGAUCACCUGACAACGAAGACUAUCUACUCUUAUAGGACCUACACUACUGUGUUGACUGUUUUAAAAACCAAAACAAAGCUCCUGACAACAACAAAAACCCGUGUUGUAACGAAAACCUUACCAGGUACAACAAUUACCACGUCCAUUUCCGGGUCAUUGACCACCAUUACUCAGCCAGCGUCGACAAUAACCUCCACGGAGACUGACAUAAUUACAACUACUGAGCCAGGCACCACUGUUGUAGGACCCGGUACAACAGUAGUUGGCCCGGGCGUAACAGUGACUGCUCCGGGGGCAACGGUAACUGCGCCUGGUUCGACGGUGGUUAUUCCUGCUUCUACAAUUACUUCUACUUUCACCACGACCCUCCCUGGAAGCGUUACGACGAUAACUCAAGCUGGCACAACUGUCAUAUCCACAGCUCCUGGAGUUACAAGUAUCGUAACCACGACAGUUACGCUCCCAGCCCAAACAGUUACCAUUCCUGGCAGUGUCACCACUGUCACGGACCAUGUCGUUUGCCCGAGGCCUACGAAUUCGGGUCCAGUGACACCACAAGAUACCGGACCCGACGCCCUCUGGGGAUGCUCACCAGGAUUUGUUUGCAACCCGCCUAAACCGGAUCAUUGUACGGUAUGGGCUGACCCUCCCGACAAAAACUAUCUCUGCGAUGCCAAGUUCUGCGUACCAAGCCCAGACUUUUCCCCUGUUACCUGGCCAGCUGGGAAAACUUCCUACUUCCCUCCAACCGAUGGAUACUUCAAUCUGAAUCCCAACGCUUUUGGACUUGGUUAUGGCAUUUUCUUCAAUGACAGCCCUAAAGAAUGGACCUCGCAAGCGGGCCUUUCGCAUUACCCACCGGCUGCAACCCCGCUUCCCGCAAAGAAACGCGAAGUCCGCGUCCACGCAGCCAAGUUAUCAAAAUUAUCAAAACGUGAUGCCACAGUCUACCCCGCAGUCUGCUAUGCUCAAUGCAAUAACUGCUGGAUCGAAGCCCAAAGAGUUGGCAAACAGCCCGCCCUUUGUGAGAGUAAUUCCGCAUUCAAAUUAGGUUAUGAAUCCUGCCAAGAAUGUGCCGUCGCCAACGGAGAUGAUACGAAGCAGUCGCUUCAAGCUUACGUGGCUCCUCAAUUCGCGCAAUUUAUCGACUUCUGCUCUGCUCGACCGGCGCAAUCCGCGGUGCUCCCUGAAAGCACCAGUACUGCCGUUGUUGUUCCUGUUCCGGUAACACAGAGUGUCGUUGUUGCUACUACAACCGCUCCUACGCCUACGCAGAGUGUCGAGGUUACGAGUCAAGUUGAAGCCAACACUGAUACGGAGCCUGUGGCUAUACCUCCACUCUCUACCCCUCCAGCUACUAAUCCGACCCUCUCUCCUUCCAUCCAGACGCCAUCUCCUUCCAUCCAGGCGCCGUCUCCUUCCAGCCAGAUCACUGUGGAGACACCACCAGCCAACAAAACUACUACUGGCACAGCAUCAACAACAACUCCACCCCUCCAAGUCACAGGCGCCGCUCCACACUUCACCCCAUCGUCCUCAUUCACCCUACUCACCUCCAUCUUCAUCAUUUCCGCUCUAGUCUUCUUCCUAUAA